CCCGAAUAUUUUGUUUCCGUCUUUUUCUUCCCCCUUUAUCUACAGUCAUGGGGCAGUAGAACAACAGAUAGUCCGUUCUCCAUGAAAGAAGGAGGAAACGAUAGCACAAUUUGUCGGUAGACAUUCUUGUCACACGGGGACAGUAUGGUUGACGGAAUAAUUGCUUUGGGUUGUGGCUGUUUUAUUUUAUCGCUCAAAGCAAAGUGAAUUUUCUCUCUCUCUUCCCCAACCUCCUCCUUACCUUCUGCCUCUGUCAGAGUGUUACGUCAGUUCCGGUCUGCUCUGUUGCGGGGGUUUGGCGAGGCAAGAUGGCGGCGCCAGAGGAACAGGAAUUAUCUCAGGAGCAGACUGAGAAACUCCUGCAGUUUCAGGACCUGACAGGUAUAGAGUCUAUGGAUCAGUGUCGCCGCACACUGGAACAUCACAAUUGGAAUAUUGAGGCAGCUGUACAGGACAGACUGAAUGAACAGGAAGGAGUCCCCAGUGUGUUCAAUCCACCAUCCUCCAGGCCUCUGCAAGUCAACACGGCAGACCACAGAGUCUAUAGCUACAUUGUUUCAAGGCCGCAACCCAGAGGCCUGCUAGGCUGGGGAUAUUAUUUAAUAAUGCUUCCAUUCCGUUUUACAUACUACACACUACUGGACAUAUUCAGGUUUGCGCUGAGAUUUAUAAGACCAGAUCCACGCGGCCGGGUUACAGAUCCUGUAGGAGAUGUGGUGUCAUUUAUUCAUAGUUUUGAAGAGAAGUAUGGUAGAUCACAUCCAGUGUUUUACCAGGGAACAUAUAGCCAGGCAUUAAAUGAUGCAAAACGUGAGCUUCGUUUUCUGUUGGUUUACCUUCAUGGAGAUGAUCAUCAGGACACUGAUGAGUUUUGUCGUAACACAUUGUGCACGGAGGAAGUUGCAAACUUUGUUAACACUAGAAUGCUCUUCUGGGCUUGUUCUACUAGCAAGCCUGAAGGAUACAGAGUCUCCCAGGCUCUGCGUGAGAAUACCUACCCUUUCUUGGCCAUGAUUAUGCUGAAGGACAGGAGGAUGACAGUAGUGGGAAGGUUAGAGGGGCUGAUCCAACCAGAGGACCUCAUCAAUCAGCUCACAUACAUCAUGGAAGCCAACCAGACCUAUCUGGUGUCCGAACGACUGGAAAGAGAGGAGAGGAACCAGACGCAGGCAUUGAGACAGCAGCAGGAUGAAGCCUAUCUAGCGUCCUUGCGUGCCGACCAAGAGAAGGACAGGAAGAAGAGAGAAGAGGAGGAGCAGAGGAGGAGAGAGGAGGAAAUGGCCAGGCAGAGUGUACUAGCCGAAGAGAGGAGAAGAAGGACCCUACAGGAAGAGAAGGAGCGCAAGUCUGAGUGUCUUCCCCCGGAGCCUCCCUCGGAUGACCCAGACAGUGUCAAAAUAGUCUUCAAACUGCCUAACGACUCUCGGGUGGAGCGGCGAUUCCUUUUCACACAGUCUUUAACGGUGAUCCAUGACUUCUUGUUUUCCUUGAAAGAAACCCCCGAGAAGUUUCAGAUUGUGACAAACUUCCCACGUCGAGUCCUGCCCUGCCUCCCAACUGAGGCACAGCCAAACCCCCCGACACUGAAGGAGGCUGGACUCAGUCGCUCAGAGGUUCUCUUCGUACAAGAUCUCACAGACGAUUGAUGCAAACUGUUCAAGCUCACCCACGGAACGCGUUUUCUUUUCGUUAGAUGGUCAUUGCGCACAAGGGAUCACUAAAAUAAACCUUGCCUGAAAAAGCCAUUUUUUUUUUCCUUGCCCUUCUACCAUGGACAUGUGGAUGAGUUACUGUUUCAGUUCUUUGAAUCUGCCCUGUAUAGAGAGAGUAAAUAUUUAUGAGUUUAAAAAGAUGGUUUGAAGAUAUGAACUUUUCAUCCCCUAAGCCCAAAACUGACCAUAUGUGUUUUUUUAUGCAACCCCAGUUUAAUAAUAUAAAUGUAUUUAUGUUAUGAAAAGACCAAAGGAGGGUUGGUGAUAAUAGAGCAGGACUGCUAACAGUUCUUAAAAAAUAAAACUCCACAGAAUUUACCUGUGGAUCUAGCCUAUAUAGCUUAGUAUAAGUUUGCCUAUAGUGUGCCUGUGGUAAUACAUAGAUGCCUAUUUUGCCAUUUUAAUAUUCUGAAUGGGCUGGUCAUGUUAAGAUGUAAUUUUUUCCAACUAUAAAUUAAACGUUUUAAAAUUUUA